AUGCCAUCAACUCAAAAUACGGUUGCUGAACGAGAUCCGCGCUACUGUCGCCAGUGGAAGUGUCAAGUUUCUGUGGGUGAAUUAUAUCGGUGGAUUUUAGCGAAACUUUCUGACAAAGAUAUCAAGCGAGCCCUGCACAAAUACCGAGACCUAAUGCCUAGACAGUCAGAUUGGAACAGAAAACUGACUCAAGCUACGAGUAUGCCAGAGCUUGGUUUUCGAUAUCUGUAUCGAUGUGGACAGAUAGAUGAAAGUAACCAUCGGACUAUGCAAAAGAUGCUAAAAUAUAUCGAUCGUCAAGAUGUGCUGCCAUAUUUUGAUACAAUUUUGUACAAUACCAACCAUUCUAAUUGUUCUUUGGAGGAGCUACAAAAAGUUCUGUUGGAUAAAGUUAGCGUUUUUUUAGAAUAUUCUUCUACACUGUCUGAAGAAGAAGUACACCCAGAGCCUCCAUACGAAAUAAUACGACGCCAACCAGUUGAGGGUUCACGAGUUACAAGAUUAAGUUUGAAAAGAAAAUCAUCUGUUGGUGGUACUGGUAAUAUUGCAUCUGUGAAACGAGGGCGUCGGUCUACUAAUUCCUUAUCGGAGACUGGUCAAGUCAGUGAUUUCGAAAACUCACCUCUUCGGUACUGUGGCAAAGUGCGAUCAGCAAUUAUUUCCAAUUCACUAAAUGGUCCUGUUGUACAUACUAUGCUUUCCGCGUCACUUAUUAGCAUGCUGGCAUCUUUACAUACUACAUUAUCUCAAACGUUCGACAAUCCCGGUGUAUCGUCUAUAACCCCUAAUGCAUUGAAUAGUAAUACAACUGGAGGUUGUAUUAGUGGUUCCAAUCCUUCUGUUCCUAAGAAUCCUUUAAUCUCUCAUUUACUGGCUAUUAUUCCACAUUUGAUUGCUGUUUCACGUGCUGCAAAUCAGUUAUCUAAUCCAUGUCUACUAUCUAAUCCGGCACUACCUUCUCGGAUAUCGAAUCUUCCAAAUAAUGUAAAUAAUAACAAUUCAGGGAUUUUUGGUUCAAGAUUUGCUGGUAUUCACAAUAGACCGGUAAUCAAUGCGGAUAGACGGUUACCUCAACAGGUUCAAGACCAUGUAGACCCUGCUGCUCCGGUUGUUUUAGAUAAUUUAAACCACGAUCAGAACGUUCAAGAUCCAAUCCACCCUAUCAUACCUGGUAUUCGUGCACCACUCAUCAACCCUCCUAAUGUGGAAGCAGAUCGUCCAGGUGGACUCUUGUUUGCACCUCAACCUAAUAUUCGACUUGCAGAUGGUGGAUCACCUCCUGUAGUCUCUCAACAUUCGACAAAUCCCCCUGUUUUAUUAAAGCAUGUUGUUUUGUCAAGCGGAGGUAUAGGUAUUACUGCUUCGCCACAUGAUUCUGUAAUCCAUUAUUAUUGCAAUAUUAAACUGCAUGUCAAUAUUGAUUUUGGUCCUUCUACAGAAAGUUUAAGAAGAAUUCAAACAGUUCGUCAAGAUUUUUUUGAACGUCAAAUUGAUUUUUUUGUACAAGCAUCAAAUUUAUUAAAAACUCGUUCACCAAGUGAAUUUAUUUGUAAUUUACAAUUUACACGACUUAAUCAACUUGAGGAUUUUUGGGCGGAUUAUCAAUCAGGUGCAUUACGAUAUUAUCUCAUGUCUGUAUUGAGAAGUGAAAGGAAUCGAAGUUUUUUUGGUGAACCACCACAACAGAUACCUUCCCAGUUUUCAUCAGUUGUCGAACAACAUGUUGUGCCUGAUGCUUUAGGUCAACAAAAUCAGGUUGCAAAUGCUGUGAACAAUGAAGGAAUGGAUGUAGCUGUUCCUUUAAUGCUUAAUAAUGCAUCACAAAAUUCAGCUGAAAAUAAUUCUAACGUUAUAAUCAGUAGUGGUAGUAGUUCGAGGCCAGUUAAUCCAAAAGUAUCUGGUCCCAAUUCAUCAGAAUAUUCUAAUCAUAAUCCUGCCUUCUCAAAAGUUAAUUUGGCCUCAUCUUUAAAUAUGGCACAAGAUGAAAACUCACUCAAUAUGUUGACAUCUUGUAUUGAAGCACUGAAUCGUUCGUUCCAUCGUAUGAGACGUCGUGAAGUCACUAGUCCAUCUCUACCUACAGAACAAGUGAAUGAAUUUAUUAGAUUUGAAUUGAAUUUAUUUGUUUCACGUAGAGAAUAUGAAAAUGGCCGAUGUUUAUUAAUGCGUAAUUUACGUUCUAUACCGAGUUUAUGUCAGCUGGUUUCAGCAUCUUCAAUGUUAACACCAGAUACUGCUGUUAAAUCAGGCAGUACAACACCAUAA